CAUAGAUGACAUGCACGGCAGAAACAAACUGCCAGUCAUUGUAGGUGGAACAAACUACUACAUUGAGUCUCUGCUGUGGAAAGUCCUGCUGGAUACUGGGCAGAAGAACGAGGAGUCAGGGGACGGAGGCGAUGGGGCCCAAAAAAGGGAGUUGAAGCUGAAGAAACUAGAUGGAGCUGAGUUACAUAAACGACUGGUGGAGGUGGACCCUGAAAUGGCUGCCAUGUUGCACCCCAAUGACAAACGCAAGCUAGUCAGGAGUCUUCAAGUCCAUGAGCAGACAGGCGUCCCCCAUAGCCGCUGGCUGGAGGAGCAGAGGGGCCAGGAGGGAGGCAACGGGCUGGGGGGGCCGCUGAGGUACCCAGACCCAUGCAUCUUCUGGCUGCAAGCCGACAUGGACGCUCUCGACAGGCGGUUGGAUGCUCGUGUAGAUGAGAUGUUGUCUGCUGGACUGAUAGAGGAGCUCAGAGACUUCCAUGUGCGCUACAAUCAGCAGAGAGUCCAGGAUGACAGUCAGGACUAUCAACAUGGGAUUUUCCAGUCAAUCGGUUUUAAGGAGUUUCAUGACUUCCUGACCGCUCCUGAAAGCAGCACCAAGGAGGAGAAAGACACACUACGAGACAAAGGUAUAGAAGCUUUGAAGAUUGCUACCAAACGUUACGCACGCAAACAGAAUAAAUGGGUCAAAAACCGCUUCCUUAAAAGUAAGUACCCUUCAACCACUUCAUGCAGUAUGUGUUCCUGUGUUUUUGUCCUCCACAGUCCAGUUCUAUAGCAAUCAGCACUCUCU